AUGCUGUCGAACAAAGCACAAACUCUUGAAGCUAGUCGCAAGAAAAAGACGGAGAAUUGCGUCAACGAACAGCACAAAGUUAGGAAGAAUUCAGCCUCCUCACAUACAGGUAAAACUAAGAGACCGCAAGUUGCGCGUGCUCGUAGCUUUCCAGACAACGAAGUUCUGUUGCCGAAAAGACCUCGUCGCCCCAAAGUCGUCAUCACAAAAUCGACUGGGUGCGAAAAUGACGGCACUUUAAGUUGCCCGCCUGUAUUCCAGCGCACAGUGAAAUUUGCCAACAUUGAAGACGUGUCUGAGUUAACUCCUUGUCGUCCUGAAAGACCUUAUUCGGCGUCUGAUGUGGAGGAAAUCCUGAGCCCAGCGUCGAAUCGCCAACUUUUGGCUCCUCCAAUUAACAGGUUAUCGAUAUCAAGUGACUCUGUUCAGACUUGCAAAAUUCCCAACAUUCACCAAAAGAAGUUCAAACGAACUGACUCCUCGCGUUUUCAAAAGGUAAACCCUAGAGGCAAGGUGGAAAAGAUGGCGCAAAAGAAAACGCUGGUUCCCUCUCCGCCGAGUAGCAAAAAUAAAAAUGACGCCUCAGCUGUCCAACUUGUUACCGCGUCUUUGCAAGAUCUGAAACUGAAGGAGGUAGAAAACAGGCAAAAUUUAGAAAGAAAAAUCUCAACUUUCUUACAAAAGCCAAUACUGAAAAAAGGCUGCUCUUCCAGUCCUGUCUCAACUUCCAAACCUCACUGGCGUCGCCUUCGUGCCGCCAUCAACGGCAAAAUCACCUCGUAUAGAAAUGAAGCGCGUGACGCCGCAACGCCACCGACGUCCAAGGUGUACAACUCUCUGCCGAUUCACUUCGCAAAUCGCCCCAAUUCCGGCGCGCAAAACCCGUGUGGCAGACUGCACAACUGGGCCGGGUCUGACAGAGAGGAACACGUGUGUGUACUGGAGGAGGCAGCCGCCCUGAGGUCAGUGAUAAAGAGGCGCUACCUACAGGAGCAGACGACAACCGGAGGAGAGGUCGGCCAUGAUGAAGUCACCAGACGUCUGCUGGCGGAACUGCAGGAUGAGCAGGAUAGAGAGAGCGCCACAGUGCUGUAUUCACUGACACAGAAGGAUGCAGAUGACCUUGAGAUAGGUCACAGGUUAGAGAUCAGGGCACGCCACCAGGGGGCAGCAGAGAAUGUCUUCCUCGUGUUGACUAGGUAUGAAGGAACAUCUCCAGAUGAUGAAUUGCUCAAGGCAAUAGAGGACAAGUAUGACACCCUGAGAGACAAACUACUGAUGGAACUCCUCAUGAAGCAGAUGGGAGAGGCAGAGUGGGCCAGCCUCAGCGAAAAAGAGCGGCAGCGCAGGCUCAUGCAACUGAAACUACAGGAGAAGAAGUUGCGGAGAGAAGGCAAGGAAGAUGAACUGCAAAAAUUAUUUGGUGACCUUCUCCAACAAGAAGAAAACCUGCGUAAGCUGAUGGGAGAUAACAAGGCGGAGUACGACAGGAAACUCCGAGAGAGGCUGGCCAGGAGACAGAAGAGGAUUGAGCAAGGUUUAGAUCCUGAUGAGGAUGAGGAUGGAGAAGGUCUAGAUGAGGAGGAGAGUGGCCAGGGUGACCCCCUCAGUGACUUGAACAGUAGAAUGGAGGAGGAAAAGAGGGCGCUACUGGCAAGACUCCACGGUCUGAAUGAUGAAUACCUGAGUGAGCGUGAGAGGCAGGCAGAGCUGGUGAGACUGAGGAGAGAGGCAAAGAGAGCCGGGAAGGAAGAGAAUUUCCAGAAUGCUGCUCUCCUGAUAGGUCUGGCCGAGAGAAACCAGGCUACUUUAGCUGAGAGGCUGAAAAAUGAUCGUCAGAGACAAGAACAACUUGCCAGAGAGCGUCUUGAAGCUCUGAGGAGACAGAGAGCACAGGGAAAGCUAGGAGAGGAUGACUCUGAGGACAAAAUCGUGACAGAGGGAGACAGGACAGUCCUCCAGGAAGCAGUGUUAAACCUUCUGGAGAAGAAACACGCCAAAGAGAGGGAGCGAUUUCUGCAGAUGAUGGAGGACAAAAGCAACCAGGAGCUGCGUCUGCUGGCGGAGGCGAGCUCGGAAGAGGAGAGAAAGGAGAAACUGGCAGAGUUGAUGAAGGAAAGGGAGGCACUGAGACCAGAUGAUAAAGAUUCAAACUACAAAAUUCUCCGUGAUGGCACAAUGGUAAAGAUUGAGAGUAGCAGGAUAUCUAUAGGAAGAGAGAGUGGAGCAGAGCAGGUCUCAGAUGAAGAGGUUCACACCUCUCUCAUGGCCGAUCUCCAGGAACGACAAGACCAAGAAGCCAGCGACAUCAUCACCAAGUUCUCCGACACUAGUGAUGCUGACUUGGUCACAAUGCAGGAGUCAAUUGCGUUAGAGAAGAAGCAGGACAAAGGCGAGAACAUUGCCAGGGUGUUGUUCCACAGUAAGGCAGGGGGAGGCAAGGCCAAGGAGUCCGACCUUCUCGAGGCUCUGGACGGCAAGUACGAAGAACUGAGGAAUAAGUUACUGAUGGAGGCCUUGGUUCAACAGGUGGGAGAAGCUGAGUGGAAAAACAUGACUGAGCAGGAACGUCAGAGAAGAAUGAUGCAACUUCGUCUGGAAGAAAGGAGACUGAGGAAAGAAGGGAAACUGGAUGAGGCAUCUGCGCUGUUGGGAGAAGCACUCAAGAACAAAGAGACACUGGAAAAGUUAAUGGGAGACAGCAGGGCGGAACAGAAGCAAAAACUCAGAGAGAGGCUGGAGAAGAGGAGACAGAGGCUGGCAGAUGGAAUGUCAGAGGAAGAAGCCAAGAAGUUAGAACAGGAAGAAAUAGCACAGGAAGAGGAGGAAGAGAAAAAGAGAAGAAAUGUCCUUUUGGAUCUAGAACACAGAUAUGAUAAGGAGAAAGAGGAGUUGCUGAACAGACUGCGUGGCAUGGGGGAUAAGAACUCUGCUGAGCGUGCUCGUCAGCUGGAGCUGACCAGACUGAGGCGUGAAAUGAGGAAGGCGAAGCAGGAGGAGCAAUUUGAUGCAGCGGCCAUUGCACUGGGGCUGGCGGUGCAGGGAGAGAAAGCGAAAGAGCAAGAGAGACUGAGACAAGAAAAGCUUGCCAAAGAAAGAAUAGCUGCCAGGCGUAAGAAAGGGCAACAAAAAGGAGAGGAGACGACACCUGGACAGGAAGAGGAAGUGCCCCUGCCAGAGAAUGAGAAGGACCCCAUACUUAUGCAUGAGGCUGUUGUCAAGGAGAUGGAGCUGAAGCAUGCAAAAGAGAGGGAACUUUUGCUACAGUGUANACAGCUGGUGGCACAGAGGCAGGCGGAGGGUCUGGAGACAGACGACGCCACCUUGGAGGGGAUUAUAGAGGAGGAAGAGGCCAGGGAGGUGGAGGAGGAGAACAAGAAGAGAAAGAACAUAUUGAAUGGUCUGCAGAUGUCCCUGGAGGCAGAGAAGCAGGCUCUCUUGGCCUCUCUGCGCAAUCAAGACGAUCGCUACGCAGCAGAGAAACAGAGACAGCUGGAACUGGCCAAGUUGAGGCGAGAGAAAAAGCGUCUCCAGCAGGAGGACAAACUGGACACUGCCACCAUAUUGAUCAGCAUGGCCAAGCAGCAGGAGAAGGAUAGGGAGAAGAACUUUGUGACAGAGAGAGAUCGCCAGAAAGCUAUAGCCAAACAGAGGCUUGAAGCCAGGAGGAAGACAAAACAGGAGGAGAAGGCCGAGGAGGCGGAGAGAGACCGCAAACAGAUCGAGGAUAAACUGAAGCUGGAGGAAGCAGAAAACAAGAUGAAGGAUAUGUUGGCUGAAGUCAGUGGGGGAGGCACUGCAGCCCUGCAAGACUCCCUGCUUGCUGAGGCUGAGCAGAAACAACAGGCUGAGAGAGAUGUCCUGAUGCAGCUCAUGCAGGCAGCAGAACAAGAUCCUGGCUGGGAGGCAGCAGGCAGCAUGUCUGUAGAGGAUUUGAAAGCCAAUUUGGAGAAGGUACGUCAAGAUCGCAUGAAAUGGCGCAGUAAGUGCCGCCAGACAGCCUUAGAGAGCAGGGAGGCAGACAUGACAGAGGCGGAGAAAGAGCAAUAUCUGACAGAAGUGGCACAGAGCAGAUCUGAACAGUUCAAGCUGCUCACCACCGCCAUGGUGUUCAGGCUGCAAGCUGAGUACAAGACAAUUCUUGAGAAGAACCCUAAUGUUAGCUCUGAGCGUGUCAAGGAAGACAUCUCCAUUGCUUUGCUAGCUGACCUGCAGCAGAAGCAGAAUGCUGAAAACAACGCCCUGGGCAAAAUUAUCUUAGAACAGGAUGACUCUAUGCUGAUGAAAGUGCAGCAAUCCCAGCGUCGUGCGAAGCGGGAGGCAUGGAUGGACAAUCUUACGAACUCUCUGUUCACAAUGCUGCCAGAAAUGGAACCAAAUCGAGGCUGGGAAGAGAAGAAAUUGCAGGACUUGGAGAAAGAGUUUGAGAAAGAAAAGGAAGAAGUUGAGAAAAAAAAACAAGCAGGUGAAGAAGUAGAUGCUGAUGCCAUCUUGAAAGAGCUUGAAGCACAGUAUGCUGCAAAGAGGAAGGCCAUGAAUGAAGCCCUGGACAGGCAGAGAGAGAUGUAUCUGAAGAAACUGGAGGCCAGGAGAGAGGCCAAGGAGAACCAGGAGUAUGAGGCAGAUGCUGCCUUGGCCAUGUUAGAAGUGGCCCAGAGACAGGACAGCUUGAUAAAGGAGAAACAAGACCAAGAGAGAGACAGACAGGGAGGGAAGAUGCAGAGCCUACUGGCAGCCAGACGUGAGGCCAGAAGAAAGGCUGAGGAGGAGGAAGAGGAGAGACGCAGGCGAGAAGCCACCAUGUCCUUGCCAGGAUCUGGUCUCAGAAGAGAAAAGACGGCAUUUGAUGUGGCCAUCAGUGAUGACCAGAAGCAGGCUCAGGUCCAGAGACUGGUGCGAGACCAAGCCAAGGUUCAGCAGAGGUACCUGCAGGAACAGUCCCGCUUCUCUGAGAAGCUCAAAGCCCAGCUAGAGGAGAGAAAGCACAAACGAGAGAAUGAAGCCGAAGCCUUGAUGAGACUGGGAGAGAGACAGAAAACCAUUCUGGAAACCAGAAAGAAUCAAGACAGAGAGCGCCAGAUCGCCAUGAUGAAGGAACGCAUCGAGAGGGUCAAAUAUGAGCGAACAAGGACAAUGAAGGAGAAAAGUGACCGCCAUGUCAAGCAGUUCAGCGACCUGGUCAAUGAUCAAGAUGUUCAGGACAUGACGGAGGAUGAGAGGAUGGAACUGGCUGCCCAGAAGAUGCAGGAGAAGUUUUUGGCGGAGGAGAGCGAGGCUAAAGAGGGGAAGAAAACUUUACUGACACCAGAAGAAGUAGAUGAAAAGGAACCUCUGGAAAAGGAAGCUCGACCCAAGACCUCCUCGAUGGAAGAGCGAAUGUCUAUGCUGAAAGAGAAACGGAGGAAUCGGAAGAAGAAGAAGAGGGCUGAAGAGGGCGCCACAGGAGAGGAAGUGGAGGAGGAGGAGCUGGCGUCUGAAGUGUAAUCAAGGCCCAGAACACAGAGGUAC